UGUAAAUGUAAACUGGGACUUUCCAAAGAAUUUUUGGGAUUUCUCGAUUAAAAGUUUCGUGUGAUGUAAUCUAUAUAUCUAGUGUAUUUUUACGUCAACGAUCACUAGAUUUGUUAUCAUUGAUAGCUAUGUUAUCAUUUAUUCGUAAACUAGCUAUCAAUGACAAAAUACGAGAUGGUUUGCUUCCUAAUAGAGCUAUGGAAAACGCUGAGGAUAUUUUAAAAGUGAAGAAUCAAAAGGAACUGAUAUCCAAAGAUGAAACAGAGCUCAAAGAAUCUAUUUAUGAUUUACUGCGAACCAUAAAAGAUCCGGAAAAACCGCAAACAUUAGAGCAGCUCGAUGUUGUUUAUGAAGAUUGCAUUAACAUUCAGGAGGCAACACCCGGUGGAAUAACGGUUAUUCGAGUAGAAUUUAAUCCAACGGUCCCACACUGCUCAUUAGCAACCCUAAUUGGACUUUGUAUUAGAGUAAAACUAGAACGUCAUUUAUUAGCCAUUUUCAAGUUGGAUAUUUAUAUCAAACAAGGUGCUCAUUCUACAGAACAAGAAAUAAAUAAACAGAUCAAUGAUAAGGAAAGAAUUGCAGCUGCUAUGGAGAAUCCAAAUCUACGAGAGCUUGUAGAAAAAUGUAUCAAAGAAGAGGAAUAACGGUCCUCGUUUAUUUUUAUAAGAUUUGUAUAUAAUUUAUAAUUGUUAUAUAUAAAAUUAAGGCUAAAUAUUGGCUUGUACAUAUUAAUCGAUUAAAUAUUUUAUAAUAAAAUUUUAUAAAAUAUGGAUACUU